CAUUCUCUCUCCAAGUCGCUCUCUCUCUCCUCCUCGACUCGACCAACUCCGUUCCGUUCAACCCCUUCCUUUCUCUUCAAACCCCCACAACCCAAUUCAUUCCAUUCCCUCCUCUUUCCCUUUCUCCCCAUAAUUCCACUCCAUUUCAAUUUUCAUUUCUCAAACUUUUCCCCAUUUUUAUUCAGUAUACCCAAACAACAAUUCCAAUAAAAAUCGAUUCUUUUUUUUUUGGGGGAUUUCGUAUCGAUUCCAAAUAAUCGAUUUUUAUUUAUUUACAGGAAUCAAAAUCGUAAUCGGGAAUCGAUAUCGGAUCGGGUUGAGUUGAGUUGAGUUGAUGGCGUCACCGUCUCUGAUUUCGAAUCCCGUAACCACUGAUCGAGCAAGGGACUCAUCCAGAAAGAAAAAGAAGAAGAAAAUCCAACCGUCAUCCAAACACGGCCUUAAUCAACCCCAAGAUCAUGCCAGGUGGAAAUCCGAAGCCCAACAACAAAUCUACUCCUCCAAACUCCUUCAGGCCUUAAGCCACGUCAGCAUCCACGAACCGUCGCCGACGACUCCUCCGCCGCCGCGCCGGGGCCGUGCCGUCCGUGAGGCCGCGGACAGAGUCCUGGCUGUUGCCGCCAAGGGCCGGACUCGGUGGAGUCGGGCCAUUCUCACGAACCGGUUAAAGCUCAAGUUUAGAAAACAUAAGAAGCAGAGGCUACCGACCCCGGCGGCGGUGUCGGCCACCGUUAGUAACCGGACGAAGAAGCCGAGAGUGAGUGUUUUUCGGUUAAAGGGGAAGAGUUUGCCGGCUGUGCAGAGGAAAGUUCGAGUCCUUGGCCGGUUGGUUCCCGGCUGCCGGAAGCAACCUUUGCCGGUGAUUCUAGAAGAGGCUACAGAUUACAUAGCCGCUUUGGAGAUGCAAGUCCGAGCCAUGACCGCCAUAGCCGAGCUACUCUCUGGCUCGAGUUCCGGCGCCAGCUCAAGUUCUGCGCCACCAACCUGAUUUUUUCCUUUUUUUUAUUUUUAAUUUUAAAAAUCAGGUUGUAUUUUUCUUUUAAUUUGUCUAUCUUCCACUUCAGGUAAUUUUCUGUGUUAAAUACAAGGUAUCAUCAUCAUCAAAGUAAUCAUCUUUGAAAUAUGAGUUUGUAUAAUAACUGAAAUAUUCCAAUAUCCUUAUUUCUCCAAUUA